ACAAAUCAGAAGUGAAUUAUGAGAAACCACACAGUCACCACUUUCAUCCUGACGGGACUGACAGAUGACCGACAGCUGAAGGUUGUGGUCUUCCUCUUUCUAUUCGUUACCUAUGUGCUGAGUGUGACCGGGAAUCUGACAAUCAUUUCCCUCACCUUCAUCAGUUCUCACCUUAAAACUGCCAUGUACUUUUUCCUGCAAAAUCUCUCCUUCUUGGAAAUCUCAUUUACAUCUGCAUGUAUUCCCAGGUACCUCUACAACAUAUCAACAGGUGACAAGACCAUCACUUAUGAUAACUGUGUUGUUCAAGUUUUUUUCACUGACCUUUUUGCUGUAACGGAAUUUUUUCUCCUGGCGACCAUGUCCUAUGACCGAUAUGUAGCCAUCUGCAAGCCCCUGCAUUACGUGACCAUCAUGAACACCAAGGUCUGCAGAAGGCUCGUUGUUGGUUGCUGGACAGCUGGCUUGUUGAUCCUAGUUCCGCCAGUCAGCUUGGGUCUAAAUCUGGAAUUCUGUGACUCUAAUAUCAUUGACCAUUUUGCCUGUGAUAUAUCCCCUCUGCUAAAGAUCACAUGCUCUGAAACAUGGCUCAUAGAACAGGUGGUCAUAGUUUGUGCUGUGUUGACUUUUAUUGUGACCCUUGUAUGUGUUGUUCUUUCUUAUGUAUACAUCAUCAAGACAAUUUUGCGCUUCCCUUCUGCCCAGCAAAGGAAAAAGGCAUUUUCUACUUGCUCUUCCCAUAUGAUUGUGGUUUCCAUCACUUAUGGAAGCUGUAUCUUCAUGUAUAUCAAACCUUCAGCAAAAAAUUCAGUGGCCAUUAAUAAGGGUGUAUCAAUACUUACGACUUCCAUUGCUCCCAUGUUGAACCCCUUCAUUUACACCCUGAGGAACAAGCAAGUGAAACAGGCUUUCAAUGAGUCAAUAAAAAGAGCUGCACUGCUCUUAAAGAAGUAA